AUGGAAGUGGUUCCACUGCACAAGCACCCAAAACUGACUGAUGCCUGCGCAGAAAUUUUGAAUGCAUACUGGCCUAGAUCGAAGGCAGCAAGAAGUCAUGUUCUCAGCAAGUCUUGCGACCAGUUGCCUGUUUGUUUGGCAUUUAUACAGCAAGAUGGCAGUCAGACAGAAGUCCUUGGGUUUAGCAAACUGUCAGCAGUGCAGGGAAUUCCAAAUGCCUGUCUUGUGGAAUCAGUCAUUGUGAGAGAAAUGGACAGGGGCAGAGGUUUGGGGAAAGUACUGAUGAAUCUUACUGAAGACUAUGCAAGAAGACUCGGUAUGCGAAAUGUGUACCUAAACACUAUAGACAAAGAAGGCUUCUAUGCCAGGAUUGGAUAUGUCAGAUGCAGCCCGGUGAUCAGUCUCGGAGAUAAUGCUCAUAGAGUGCCUGAAGCUCUGUUAAAAAAACUGAUGGGAACUAGCAGUUCACUGCCAGACACUACUGAUCAUCAUUCAAACGUUACACUUUGCCAGCCUCCCAGCGGAACACCUUCACUUCUAGAGAACAGAAGUGGCAAUGAUAAUACCACCACUGUACGUCUGAGUUCAUGUGAAUCUAAUUGUGAACAGACUGUAAUCAGUAUUACUCCACCAGCACCUCCUCCUCCUCCUCCUCCAACAAACAACUGCUCACAUCCAACAGCUCCUCCUGGAUCGUAUAGUCGAGCCAUCAUAAGGAUGAAUCCCAACUUUGUUGUCUGGAUGAAGAAAGAUCUGUGA